AUGGCCACGUUGGAGAGAAAACAGAUGGUUUUUGAAAACGUACAUGGCGGUUUUGGCUAUGGAGAACGGAAUGAAGAUGGCAACCGCAUCCUUGAGUUUGCUGAAAGUCACGGGUUUUGUUUACUGAACACAUAUUUCAGACAGAGGAUUAAAUUGCCGGAAUUAAAGACAUUCGAAGCAAUUGUUUUCAUCUUAACAAUAGGUACAGUUAAUGUUAUAUUAUUAGACAUUUAUCGAACGGAAUCGCAGUGUACUUAUAACAACCUUGUGACAGAACCUCAGUCUUUUGUGGUUCCUUUACAAAAAUUAGAAGAAGAUUCAAGUGAUGGACAUCUCACACAGGAUAGCAAUGCUAGUGAUGAUACCGCAGGUCUCGGUAGUGAGACGUCUUUCCACGGUAUAACAACGUUGGCUGCCUUGAAAUCAGAUCCUUCAAUUGCCACUUCAACUAAUUUAGAACAUAACUUAGGAACUUCGAAUCAUCUUAACCAUACUUCUUUUCACCCUUAUGGCCAUUCAGCUGAUGGUCAUUUCUUCAUACCUGCCCAAAUAAUUGAAGAAGCUUCUAGGAAACGAGAAUUACGUCUUCUCAAAAACAAGUGUUUAAUUUUAUAA